AUGUCUUCUCUCGCCUUCGCCAAUAUGUGGCGGACCGACCUUAUUCGACAAGGUGUCUUAAGCCAGGUCCAGCAGGAUGAUCUUCGAACUCUGCGACUCGUCGGUAAAGAUUUUGCCAGGAAUGUCGCUCCGGUUCUGUUCAGAUCCAUCACAGUCCACUUCAGUACCACUACCUUUACGCGCAGGGCGCGAAUGUCUGCACUGGAUCGCAUUGGUAUUCAUGUUCGAGAGCUAGUGUUCAGCAUGCCGCAUCACGUGGACACCUUCCUCCACCCUCUUCUCAUACCUGGUACUUUGGAAGAGGUCAAGUUUAUCUACGAGCCACGUCUAAGCAUGUCGCGACCGGCUUCGUCCUCCAGCUCGACCACUUCCUCCUGUUACUCUAGCUGCUCAUCCACUUCCUCUUCUAAGUAUGGGUCUUGGGAGAUGAAUGACUUACUGGUUAAACAUUAUCCACCUCUUUUUCACGCCGCCACAGAUGUCGACUCCUUUUUCAGAGCCUUUAUUGCAAUGCCAAACCUUCGUCACCUACAUAUCUCAUGCCCGGGCCAGCCCUCUGGUCAGAGAUAUAGGAGAGACAUUGUUGACUAUGCUUUGGUCUCACUGCGGUUGGCCAUUGAGACGACCAAUCCAACUCAACUCGAGUCCCUCGAGCUUGCACCGAUACACCCUGGAGCAAUGCUCCACUUGAGACCUCAGACGAGCAUUGGCUCGUCGCCUGCUUCCACUCGCGUGUGGAAACGUAUCAAAACGCUCCGUAUCGAGAUGGACUCCUUUGAAUAUGGUCGUGAUCAACCUUCAGACCACCUGAAGAUUCUUCACAGCUAUUUGGGCUCGCUACGAAGCCUGGAGAACUUAAAAUUCCAAUGGCAGGGGGCGAAAGGUCCCUGUCCCCUCUCUCUCCACAUCGAACCUUGUACAUCACGUCCAACUUCACUUGACUGUUCCAAUGCCUGUCCAGACUCAAGCACUAAAUCUGCCUUCAGACCGCUCAAGUUUCGUCUCCUGAAGACCAUGCAUCUCACCAAUGCCAGUCUCGAUGCGGACCAAGCAUCCGCCUUCAUUAUGUCCCACCGAAAAGUGCUGCAUGAGUUUGAGUUUGAGAAGUGCCAUUUGAGGUCCGGCACUUGGGAUGAUGCAUUGGCGCCAUUGACGUCCCGCAUCCCAAAGACAGCUGCUUGGAAGGGUCAGAAGCUGGAACAAGAAGAGGUCAUGAAUGUCCCGAUCAUGCUCAGUCCUGUCGAUGAGAAGACUGAGCUGAUCGACUGUGUUCAUGAGCCAUUGUGGGACGAUGUCUUCCGGAAAAGUCGACAUUUGCAAGCUCUCCGAAAAGUGAGCUCGCGCACCAAGGAUAUGGUACCUCAGCAAGUCAAGAAGCUUCUGCGCUCGGCAAGGGUCGCCUGGCAUUGA